AAAUUUCACAAAAUCAAAACAAACCCUUCACUUAAAUUCUUCGUUUGAAUAAGCUGAUUUCUCUCUCAAGCUCUCUAAUCUCUCUUUCUCAAGCUCUCUAAUCUCCAUCUCUCUCACAAAGAACACAAAGUUAUUAGGGUUUAGGAUUAAGAAGCGUCUUCAAGAUGUUCUUCAGAUCUAGAUCACCAUCACCAGCGAAUUCUCCAUUAAGAAGUAGGGCCAAUACUCCAACUUCUUCUCCACACCGGACUUUUAACGACUCGUUAAUGGAAGAGAACAUCGAAGUGGCUCAGUCCCUAUUCGAUAGAUGGGAAUCAAACAACGCCGCUUCUCUUUUUACCGGCGACCGCCAAGAGGCCAGGCAGUACCUUCACACCGUUAAGGACUUACAGUCGGCCAUGCACCAUUUCAUCGCCCAGACUUCUGCUUCGGAGAAGCUCAUCAAGGCUCAGAAUCUGAUGGAAACCGCCAUGAAGAGGCUCCAGAAAGAGUUUUACCAGAUUUUGUCUUCUAAUCGGCAGUACUUGGAUCCGGAAUCGGUUUCGAGCCACUCGUCUCGGGCUUCCACCAUUUCGAGCCUCUCGGACUUUGAGGAUGAGGUGGAGGACGAGUUUAGAGUCACUACUGAGUCUAUUUCGGAAGUGGAGCGGGUUUCCAUGGCGGCCAUGACGGAUUUGAAGUCCAUUGCGGAUUGUAUGAUCUCGGCUGGCUAUGCGAAGGAGUGUGUGAAGGUUUACAAGACGAUACGCAAGUCUAUUGUUGAUGAGGGAUUGUACCAUCUCGGAGUGGAGAAGAUGACCUUUUCUCAGAUCCAGAAAACGGAAUGGGAUGUUAUGGAGAUCAAAAUCAAGAGUUGGCUCAACGCUGUGAGAGUCGCCGUGAAGACAUUAUUUUACGGUGAGAGGAUUCUCUGCGACCACGUCUUCUCUUCGUCGGAAACAAUCAGAGAAUCUUGCUUUUCCGAGAUGUGUGGAGAAGGUGCCAUAAUGCUUUUUGGCUUCCCAGAACUGGUAGCCAAAUCCAAGAAAUCUAUGGAAAAAAUGUUUCGGACUCUUGAUUUGUACCAAGCUAUCUCUGAUCUAUGGCCUGAGAUCGAUUCCAUCUUCAACUACCAUUCGACCUCCGCAGUCCGAUCUCUUGCGGUGAACUCACUCCUCAGGUUAGGCGAAGCCGUACGGACGAUGCUUACUGAUUUCGAGUCGGCAAUACAGAAGGAUUCCUCUAAGACGCCGGUUCCCUCCGGUGGAAUACACCCGCUGACUCGUUACGUCAUGAACUACAUCUCAUUUCUCGGAGAGUACAGCGAGAUACUAUCCGAUAUCGUCGCCGAUUGGCCUUUGGCAGUACAAACGCCGUUGCCGGAAUCUUACUUCGGGAGCUUGGAUACCGAUCCGGAAGGCACAUCAUCCAUCUCCGUGAGGCUUGCUUGGCUCAUUCUAGUUCUUCUUUGCAAGCUCGAUGGGAAAGCCGAGCUUUACAAGGACGUUUCUCUCGCGUACAUUUUUUUGGCGAACAACCUCCAAUACGUCGUCGCUAAGGUUCGAAGCUCAAACCUAAAGUUUCUACUUGGGGACGAAUGGGUGGCCAAGCAUGAAGCCAAGGUGAAACAGUACGUAUCGAACUACGAACGCGUGGGGUGGAGCAAGGUGUUUUCAGCUUUACCCGAAAAUCCGACGGCUGAUAUUACGCCCGAGCAAGCCAGGAACAUCUUCAACAAAUUAAUCCUCAGUUUCGAAGAAGCUUACCGUAAGCAAACGACGUGGGUCGUCCCUGACCAGAAACUCCGAGACGAGAUCAAAGUCUCGGUGGCGAAAAAGUUAGUGACGCCGUACCGGCAGUACUACGAGAUGCAUCGGAGCGCGUUGAUGAGACUUUGCGGUUCGGAUUCAUUGGUCAGAUAUGCCCCUGAGAAUAUAAAUAAUUUCUUGUCUGAUCUCUUCUUUGGGGUUGGAAGCGUAGGGAGUUUUCCGUCAUCUUCCACUUCACCGCCUUCUUCCACACACUCACGUGUUAAGCGUGGCCAUUGAGUGUUUGUCUUGACUCGAGAAGAGGCCGGAGGCCCUGAGGACUGUGUAGGAGUCGUUUGUUCGGAAUGUGUUAUUUCUUUUGUCUUUUGUGAGGAAAAUGGGGGUAUAAUUGUAAAGCGAUAGAGAUAGACAGCAUGCUCCUGUAUAGAAUAUAUUUAUCCCACGUGUGUAUUGAUUUCACACGUGUAAAGUAAAAGAGGAUAAGAACGUUGGUUGGUUGAAAAAAAUGUAAAAGAGAAAAAUUCUUUAAUUUGUUUAUAAUAUCUGAAAAAGUACUCUAUGUCAAAUAAUAGUGGAAUCUGUUGAGCA